GGUGAAAUGGCUGCGCAAGAGAGAACCUUCAUCCUUAUUAAACCAGAUGGGGUGCAAAGAGGCCUUAUUGGGAAAAUUGUAUCUAGAUUUGAAGAAAAAGGAUUUAAAUUAAUUGCCAUGAAAUUUAUGCAGGCUUCUACAUAUCUCUUAGAAAAUCAUUAUGCUGGCUUAGCAGACCGUCCAUUUUUUCCUGGUAUAGUUCAAUAUAUGCAAUUAGGACCAGUUGUACCAAUGGUAUGGGAAGGUUUAAAUAUUGUAAAAACGUCUAGAGACAUUAUUGGAGCAACGAAUCCUAUGGAUUCCUUACCUGGUACUUUAAGGGGCGAUUUGUGCGUUCAAGUUGGAAGGUAA